AGGAAAUCCACCUCGAUAACCUCCGUAGCUCGGCCCGCUCGACGCCUCGAGGCGACCUAGGAAUUCGUAAGGGAGCAUCCGUAAGUGAGCGGAGCAGAUUUGUGUCAACACACAUGCUGUCCGUCGCCGCUAGCGCGGCCGGCGCGCUCGCACUCUCGCUGCCGACCUUCGUCGUGCUGCUCCGUGCGAUGGAGCGGUCGGUCGGCCUCGCGCCGCCGAUCCCGUCGCAGCUCGCCGGUGAGUCGGCCGAGGCCUGCGCGCUGUUUCGCCAUCUUCCGGCGCUGCGCCUGCGGCUGGCAUGGCGGUCGCUCGGCGCGGUGCGCACGCCGGUCCACUCCUGCGGCUUGAACGGCCGCUCCUUUCUGGUCAAGCGCGAGGACCUCGCCUCGCCCGCGUAUGGCGGGAACAAGGUUCGCACGCUGCAGCACACCCUCGCCGUGCUCGAGGCGCGGCGCGCGCGCGCGGUGGCAGAGGGCGGCGCCGCACCGGGCAUGCUCGUCGUCGGCUCCGGCGGGUCGAACCAGGUGGUGGCGACAGCCGUGCACGCGGCGAGGCUGGGCCUGCCUCCGCCCGACGUCGCGUGGCUCUCUCCCGACGAGCCCGACCUGGACAACUCGCUCAACAUGCUCUCUGCGCUCUCGCUCCCGCUGGGAGGCAGAGUCACGGCGUGGGGCGCGAGCGCCUCGGGCACGCUCACGCUCGCCGCCUCGCUCCUCGGCCUGCUACCAAAGCUGGCGCGCGGAGAGGUCGUCUUCCCGAUCGGAGCCAACACCGCGGCGGGCGGGGAGGUAGCCGACCCGGGCCGCGUCUACCUCCCCGUCGGCUCCGCCUGCACGCUCUCCGGCCUCGUCCUCGGCGUCGCUCUCGCCCGCCGCCUCGGCCUGCCCGCCUUCCGCGCGAGCGAGUUCGAGCUCGUCGGAGUGCCGAUCCACCACCUCUUUGCUGCGGCGGAGCGCACCCUGCGCCUCCACACCGCCGCGCCGUUCUCCGCGGUGCCGCUCACGGUGGGGCAUACUGUGAGGGAGGGCGCGGCGGCGCUCGCGCAGCUCGGCGGCCCAGACGUCACCGCCGAGGCGCUGGCCGUGCUGGAGAGCGAGGUGCGCUUCGUCACGCGGCCGGACCUGGUCGGCCUGUACGGCGCGCACUCGGCCGUCUCCAAGGCCGCCGCCGCGGAGUUCGACGCGGGCGCGCGCGUGGCGGACGGGGCGGGAGAGGCUGCCCCCACGCCUUGGAUGUGCGGCCACUUCUGCGCCAAGGCCCUCGCCGCGCUGCUCGAGGAGCUCGACGCGGCGGGCGCGCCCGCGGCGCCCUCGCUGCUGUGGCAGACAAAGUCGCUCGUGCAGCCGCGCGGAGAGCGAGACGAGUGGGCAGCCCUCGCCGCCAUGCCCUCCUCGGUCCGCCGCUGGGCCGCCGAGGGGGAGGCGCAGUCGUCGCUCCGGCCCGGCUGCGUCCCUGCAGAAGGAGCCGCGCCCGACGGGUACCGGCACCUCAUGACGCGCGUCGAGACGAGCCCCAGUAGAACGGGUGACUGAGGUGUUCUCCGACUCCGUUCGGAGAGAUUUUUUGAAAACUCUCUCUUUCCGUUCGGUGUGUCGUCUGUGGAUCUUUAACAGAAGAGUCUCGCAAAAAA